GCCGUCUGCAUCGGCGGCGGCGGCUGGCGGCUCCUGCGCGUCGUCUUCAAGACGGCCCUGAGGGACCUUUUUGGCCUCUCAGUGCUGCUACGAGUCAAGUACAAUCUGCGGAGGCAUCAAAAAGCCAAAAACACAAUUCCCAAGAUGUUCCGGGACGUCGUCCGCAGGCACCCCGACAAGCUGGCUCUGAUUUACGAGGCCACCGGUGAGAAAUGGACUUUCAGGUGGCUGGACGAGUACUCCAACGCCGUGGCCAACUACUUCUACCAGCAAGGCUUCCGUUUGGGGGACGUCAUUGCCAUCUUCAUGGAGAGCCGCCCCGAGUUUGUGGGCCUCUGGCUUGGGAUGGCGAAAGUUGGCAUCGAAGCAGCUCUUAUUAACUUUAAUUUGCGCUUGGAUUCUCUGGUUUACUGUGUGACAACCUCGGGCGCAAAAGCUGUCAUCUUUGGAGGAGAACUGGCUUCAGCAAUAUCUGAAGUGAACGGGAUGCUGGGGAAGAACAUGGCCAAAUUCUGCUCUGGUGACUACAACCCAGAUGUUGUUCCUGUGGAGACCAGACACCUCGAUCCUCUUCUGAACACUGCAUCAAAACUGCCUCCAAGUCAGGUUCCAGUCAAAGGUUUAGACGAUCGACUCUUUUAUAUCUAUACUUCUGGUACCACAGGAAUAGCGAGAUCCAUGGUAAAUGUGGAGGUUAUUCAAUAUAUCGGGGAAAUCUGCAGGUAUCUCCUGAAUCAGCCGGUGCGGGAGGCGGAAACGCAGCACUGCGUGCGGCUGGCGGUGGGCAACGGGUUGAGACCCACCAUAUGGGAGGAGUUUACGAAACGCUUCCGAAUUAAACAGAUCGGGGAGUUCUACGGAGCCACCGAAUGCAACUGCAGCAUUGCCAAUCUGGAUGGAAAGGUUGGUGCCUGUGGUUUCAACAGUCGGAUUUUGCCCAAUGUUUAUCCCAUUCGUUUGGUGAAGGUCAAUGAGGAUACAAUGGAGCCGAUCCGUGAUUCCAGGGGGCUGUGCAUCUCCUGUCGCCCAGGAGAGCCAGGGCUGCUCGUAGGGCAGAUAAAUCAACGGGAUCCCCUGCGUCGAUUUGAUGGCUACGUCAGCGAGAGUGCCACCAACAAGAAAAUAGCUUACAACGUGUUUGAAAAAGGGGACCAGGCCUAUCUCUCAGGGGAUGUUUUGGUGAUGGAUGAGCUGGGUUACAUGUACUUCCGAGAUCGCAGCGGGGACACCUUCCGAUGGCGAGGAGAGAACGUCUCCACCACAGAAGUAGAAGGAAUUCUGAGCCACAUCCUCAACCAGACAGACGUUGCAGUGUAUGGUGUGGAAGUCCCAGGGGUGGAGGGAAAAGCUGGAAUGGCAGCAAUCGCAGAUCCUGAAGCUAAAGUGAAUCCCAAUGUUUUGUAUCAGGAGCUACAAAAGGUGUUGCCUCCCUAUGCCCGGCCCAUCUUCCUCCGUUUCUUACCCCAGGUUGACACCACAGGCACAUUUAAGAUUCAGAAAACUCGCUUACAGAGGGAAGGAUUUGACCCCCAUCAAACAUCAGAUCGAUUACAUUUUCUGGAUCUAAAGUUGGGGAAAUACGUUCCACUGGAUGAGUACCUUUAUGAAAGGAUUUGUGCUGGAAAAGUUGCCUUAUGAUCUAGUCCAAAGUCGGUCUUUUUGCAGAAAAUUAUGACUAAUGGCAGGGCUGAUGCUUGGGG